UGGUUUAGCUGGAUAAAGCUGCAUUUCACCAGACCAGAUCUGAUUCUAGUAAACAGUUAUGAGUUUAGAUAAAUGUGUUAAGUAUGUAAUCUUUAUAAGAUAUUAGUUUUUAUCACUCAAAACAGUGUUUUUGAAAAGCAUGUAAAUCCUGAAAAGUUAUUGAAUUUUGAAAUAAAAAAAAUUCCAGGCCUUGAAAUGUCUGAAUUUGCUAAAAAAGACAUUGAUAGCCUGAAAUAAUGGCAAGUCAAACAAAUCUGGAGAGACUGGUUAGUCAGUGCUGAAGCUGAUAGGAUAUCAAGGUAGAGAUCUAAAAGUUUAUAUUUCAUGUUUUUAACUUCAUUUAAAAUAGCACUCCCACUUGAGCUGAUAACGUUUAAAGUAUUGAAGAACGAGAUGCAGAUCACCUGUUAGGUGAUAAGCCAUAAGCAUUGGUAGCAGGUACCUGAAACCUGAGAAAGGAAAAAGAAUGAAAAAAGGUUUAUAACCUUCAGCAACAUUAUCCAACACUUUUUGAACAGAUAAUAUUUUUUUGGAGAAAAUAAGAAAGGGAGCUUGUGUAUAUUUAGAUAGUUGGGUAGGCAUCAGAUAGCAAUGUUAGAGAAAAUUGAAGAAAUGAGCUAUUUCCAUAAAGGGGGAAAAAAAAAUCUGUAGCGAUGGGUAAUAAAAGAAAAAAUUAUGAAAAUCUCAAACUAAGACAGUUAAACCUACUAUGAACAUUCCUUUCAUAAACAAGGAAGAUUAAGUACCAGAGACAGUGCAUCUUGGUAGAUUUUAAGUUGGAUACAUAUGUGUCACUCAGUCAGAGAGUAGAAAUAGCAGAAUGCUUAUUUGCAUUUCUAUGUAUUUAAAAGAACGGCUAAAAUUGUUUUUAAUCUAUUGAAAGACCACCAAUACAUCAUGGAUAUAGUUAGAAUUCUCGGAUGUAGUUGUGAAAUGACUAAUUAAAUUAUACUAGUCUUUUUUUUUCUUUUGAUGAGCAUACUAGAAUUGUUGUAUUUACAAGACAGUCACGUCAGCUACAACCCUAAGAACUGAAGGUUUUACCUAGCAUGCCUUAACACAAGGAAGAAUCCUCAAAGAUGUUCUAAAAUAAAAGGUAAUAAGAUAUAUGGAGCAAAUUGUAGAUUUUUACAAAUUAUGAAAUAUGAGGUAAUUAUUUGGUAGGUCAGAAGAUAUCAAAGGUUGCCAUAGGCUUUUGAAUGUAUGAAUAUAAUGCUUUUCCUAUUCUGUUCUAAAUACACAGUUAUACUUUAAAAACUUUGCUAUUUCAACUAUUAUUAAUUGCACAGAUAGCCUAAUUGUGAACCUAAAUGUAAUUAUAACCUAUACUAUCUUGUGAAACUAUUCGAGUACACCUAUAUAUAGUUUAGACUUGAUUUGGCCCACCAGUAUUAAGCACUUGAUGAAAAAAACAACAGCAAUGUAAGAAACUGACAAUUAAUCACUCACAAUUUAUACUCGUUCCCACUCCAUAGUACAGCACUUAUUUUCUAAUGUUUUCAACUGAAAUAAUUAACACUUUUGCCAUUUUAUUAACUACUUGUUUCAGCAUUUUCUUGUUAGUGUAAAGUAUUCAUUGUAUAUUUCUUUUAGAAAUCUUGAAACAAAAUGUGGCAGUAGCUUUUAUAUACAGGCUGGGUUUUAGUUUCAUAUGUUACUUUCUUUAAUCAGUUCAUUUGUUGUGUGUUGUAUAUUAUGCUCUUCAGAAUAUUGUGACUGAAAUGGAUUAGCAACUUUGCUACCAUUGCCAUCAUGGAACAGCAAAAUUUAUUGCAAGAGUUGCAGGAACUUUCAUCUUAUAGUAAGUACUUGGUAGCAAACAUAAACUCCACAGAGAAUGGAAGUCAUUUGCCAGAGAAGAGGAAUAGCCAAGAUUGGUUUCCCAUGAAAGAAGAGAGAUGUUUAGGCUAUCGGAGUGAUAUAAGACCUGACUUGCAUAUUUUUGUAGCAGAAGUGAUACCAAGAUUGUUUAUAGGAUCUCAGGAUGUUGCUGAAGAUCUGAAUCUUCUACACCAGAUGAAUGUAACACAUAUUUUAAAUGUAGCUACUGGAGUUCCAAAUGUGUUUGAGGAAGAAUUUAUCUAUAAACGAAUCGGCAUUUUAGACCUUCCAGAAGCUAACAUUCGGAUGUUUUUUGAUGGGUGCUUCCAGUUCAUCGAUGAUGGUCUGCAAGAGGGUGGGGUGCUGGUUCACUGUAAUGCUGGUGUGUCUCGCUCAGCUACAUUAGUUAUUGGUUAUUUGAUGAACAGAGAAAAAUUAUGUCUUGAUGAGGCUUUUGGUAAAGUAAAAAGUGUAAGGCCAUUUAUUAAGCCUAAUGUUGGAUUUAUGGAACAGUUGAGACAGUAUGAAAAGGAAUUGUAUGAAAAUGCUAUUGACUGAGUUGUGCUGAAAUUCAGUUUUUCUAUUAUAUGAAAAUUCAAAUCUUUAAUUAUUGUACAUAAUUCCCAAAAGUGCAUGUGCUUACACACACACACAGUUAGUUGAUUGUAGAAUGCUUCUUUUUUAAAUACAUUGCCUGUAAUGGAAAGGCACAUCAUCCAUUAUUAAAAGUAUAAGAAGAAAAAGUAUUUUUUAUUAUUAUGGUCUCAUAAAAAAAGGUUUAUUAUACUAUGUGUGCUUUAUAUAGACAUUGUAAACCUUCAAAGAAGGUAUUUUGUUAAUGAAUAUUUUUAACAAUGACAGUCAAUUUUCUGUCAGCACAAAAAUACAGCUUAGAUCAAUUUUUCAAAUAGUUUUGUAGUAUUUUGCUGAAUAUUUAUAUUCUAACCAUACUUGUAUAUGUAUAUACAUACCUUUUAUAAUAUAUUACUUAUCUUUAUGUAAUAGUACCUUGAAUGCCAUACCUUUAUAACAUCUUUUUGGUGUAAAUAUAUUGCAGUAAAUGGCAAAAAUCAAAUCUUUCAAGAACACAGUUUCUAAAAGAUCUAUUUGUCAUUAGUUAGUUUAUACCCUAUGUUUUACCUGUUAUCUUCAGGAAGCUCUGUGAAAAAUUGUACAAGUUGGCAGAAGCCAGGAUUUGAUCUUGGAUCUCCUUAUUAAGAAGACAUGUACUAUUAAUCUUUCAGGGUUUUCACCCCAUUACAGCUUGAAUCAGCAAAUUUUGAAUGGUUUCAAGUAGGGCACCCAGAAUUUGUUCACUUCUAUGCUACGUUAUCAGGAUGUGUCAACAGUUAGUUGAUUGUAGAAUGCUUCAUUUUAUUUCAUAAUACUUUUUCAUGAUGGGCUAUUGUAGAUUAAUCAAUAUUACACUCUUGUUUGUUUAUGCUUCUGAGUUCUGACUUUUUGAUUCUCUCUUUUGAGUCUGUAUUGAGGUUUCUGAAGAUUUCUUUUAUGCUGUUUUAUAUCUUUUGUAUGUUUUCAGAGAGACCUUUGACAUAGUGAUAAUAUGGUUUUGUGUGCCUGUAUUUUUAUUCCUACUUUAUGCUUAGUUUUUCUUACUUGCCAAAUGUUCAGGAUAUAUUCAAAUAGUGGAUAGAAAAAACAACAUUUACAAUAUUCCUUAUGCUUGCAGAGUCCAACACCUAUGAGAAACCAAAAAGUCUGAAAUCAUGAGCACAAGACUAAUAUAGAUCUGUUUGUAAUAGCCCAUCAUGUUGAAAAAGAAGGUUAUCCAAUAGAACAGAAUAAUGCUAAAAUACAAAUCAUACACCAGAAAGACAAAAGAAGCAUUAAAAUAAAUGAUGGUGAACUCAGACAACUUAGCAUAGAAGUCAGCUGAGCCUGGAUGUCUUCCUUGAAAACACUAAAAUAGUUAUUUGAUUAAGUCUCAAUGGAAUAAGAGCCAGCUGAAAAAGUGGAUAGCACAUCUGGCUUUCUCAGGAUUGGAUUCCAACUUUCCCACACCACACAGUCCUUCUCAUAAUUCUCUUGAAGGCAGCAGCAGCAGAUUAGCACCCAAAAUAUAGGAUAUAAGCAAACUGAUAAUUAAUGGCUAAUUAAACAAUUUUAAGUAAUUAAUUAGACGUAGGUGAUUCUAUAGGCUAUGUAUUAUGAUAAUGAUUGCCAUAACAUUACUGUACUUAUGCAAAUUUGUAUAUCAAUGCUUUAACUGUAUGUUGAGAAUCAAAAUCUUUAACAUAUGCAGGUUAGACCAGGGUGAAUUAAAAAAGUUGUUUUUCUGUAAGAUGUUAUUUAUAACCUAGUUUUUGCAUGUAAUAUGAUGACACUUGAUGCAAGUGAACUGUUUCGUAAUCAGUGCAAGAGAAGGGAUAUGUGGAUUAAUUGACUAGUUUUAAAACUUUCUCAAGAUUUAGGUGGAUAUAUUGGUUUAAUUGGAAUUAAGAGAAACCUUUUGUUUUGUUUUACCAAACUACUAUUUUGGAUAGUACUUAAUUUUAAAAUGUGUGGGUUUUUAUUUUAAUUGUUACAUCACAAUAGUCAUUAGGUUGAAUUGCAUCCUGUAUUAUAAAAUGUUUCUUCAGUAUUUUUUGAAUGUUUAUACAGAUGCAACAAGUUUUAGAAUGAGAGAAUAUUAAGUGAAUGCUGAAGUGUAUAACACCUUCAUAAUAUUCUGACAUGAUUUUAUUAGGUUGUGUUCUAAUUUGUAUUAAAACUUUUAAUAACAUAUAUUAACUGCAGACUAUUUUAUAGUUAGUACAAAAUUGUCAUAAGCACCACCAUGUUGUAGUGCAUAGGUCACACCUGAUAUUAUUUGAGAACAACUACAAAGUUUAUCUCUUUUGUAAUAUCCUUACUGAGGAUAUCCUAUCUUAGCCAGAUUAUCUCAUUGGUUACUCUUUUUAUUUUCUGGAAGUAAACUGUCAGAAGAGUAGUGAUUACAUUGAAUUUCAAACUUAAGUAUUACUCUUUAAAGAUUAAUAUGUAAAAAAUUUAUUUCGUAUUACUAUAUUUCAUCCAUCCCAAAAAAAGCUGUUGCUAAUAUAGCAUUAAGGCAAGUACAAAUCAACUGAUAGUUCUUUGGUAACUAGAAGUGUUUAUAAAGUGCUUUAUUUAUAAUUAAGAGCAGUUGUUUAUUUCUUGUCAAUACAAUGUUGUUUUUGUUUGAAGUUAAGUUUUUAGGUGAGAGAAAAUUUAUUCUAGUCUUGAAUUAAGUUGGCAACAUAUGGUGUAAUUGUUGAUGGCAACAAGUCACCAAUGUGAUGAUCAGCAUAAAUUCAGUUAUUGGUAGAUUAAUGACGGUGCAUAUUUUUUCCAGAAAACCACCGAUUUAUUUAGUAUCUGUAGCAUUGACUAAAACAUCCUGAAUUUUGAAUAAUUUCUAAAUGCUAAAUAUAUCUUUAUCGGGUUCUCUGAAAAGAAGAAACUUUUUACAAUAUUUUCACAAUCGUUUGUAAGGUUAGUGAUCAUAGCUUACUGAAAAAUACUCUGGCAUGCCUGUUGUUUCUACAGCUUUCUCUUCAUGUUUGUUUACAUUGGAAUACUAAAUUUUUCUGUUACUGUGUAUCUUAUUGUUCUAUAAUUUGUCUUAAGUAAUGAAAUGUUUUGGCUUUUUUUCCUUUUGAGGGAGGGGGGUAGUUUGAUGUAAUUUCUUAAAUUUUCAUCAGCAAGACUACUUAUAUUAGUAUGUGUGGAAGUAUAUACUUACUAGACAUUUUUCAAUAAAAUCACUAUAACCACAUAACUUAAAGAUCAGGAUACCAAAUUUUCAAUGUCUGAGGCUGGUUGGCUGGAACACACACCAAAAACGAAAGGUGUAUUUGAAGCAAUUGGAAAACAAAAAAAUCAAUGCUGAAUUUACAUAAUUAUUAAUAGCCUAAAUUAAAUAUAAUUCUAGUAAAAUAUUGUUCAUCAUAUCAUGUAUUGGGCACUAUUAGAUGUUGAUGAACCACAGUACAUUACAUGCUUCUAAACACACCAGCCUUGGCAGUGUACUGGUAUAUGCAUUUCAGCAUUCAUGGUCUAAGUUUCUGCAACAAACCUUUCACCUGUUUGCAAGAUUUAUCUUGGACACUGAUAUAUUUGUUUUAUAUAAAAUAAAGUUACUUAAUGGUUUAUUUUAAAAUAGCCUGAAAUCAAAAAGGUUAGAUUUCUACAUGUUCAUGUGAUAAAACAGAAUAAUUAGCUAUUUUUAAAGAGGAUGCUCAGUACUGUCCAUGUAGUUCUAUGUAAAAAUACCAUUUUUUCCAUGUUAAUUUUUGUCAAUUUGCCUAUUUUGUAGACCUCAUUCAAACAGUUUAAAUAUUUUGAUUACCAUUAUGUAUUUUGUAGUAGAAAAUGUUACUCAUUCAUAAAUAUCUUUAUAGUGAAAACUGAUGUAAUAUGAAUUCUUGGACAAAGUACAAUAUGAUCAAGAAAAAAUUACUAGGGGGGAAAAAUUAAAUAUGUUAUUUAGGUACUAUACAGAGUCUAGGUAAGUUACAAUUAAUUUUAUCAGUAAAGUGAUUUUAUGAAGACAAAAUAUUAAGUCCGUAGCUAAUAGCUAUUUAAUGGAUGAAAACUAAAAAUAUAGCAUUUUUCUCAAAUACAGAUUCUGGAGUCAUUAAUUUAGCAUUUUUUCAGUCCUAAAACAACACUAAAUUCUAACUUUUCACUGUUGUCAAUUUUGAUAAUAACUCAGAAGUAUUUAGAGCUCAAACUAUUCCUAUGUUAAAAUGAAUACUCAGUAAAAGCUCAAAUAACUUGACAUUCAGACAAGAAUUUCUGCAGUUGAUUUACAAAAAUACCAAAGUUCUGUCUCUAAAGAUACAGAUCAGAUGACAUUUAUUUUACUAUCAAAACUGUUAAUUUCUUGAAAGAAAACAAUGAAGUUGUUAGGUUUUAUUUACAGGUUUAAUUAAAUUGGUGGUAACUGAUGACACUAUAAUUAUUGAACAAGCUAAGGUCAACUUUCAGUUUUAUUGGAGACCCCCUUAAAGGUUACAGGACUGUACCGCUUUACUAAGAAUUCAUGGUGUUUCUUAAUGCUGAUUUUUUUAAACAUUGUGAGGUUUGUUUGUUUGUAAUUAAGCACAAAGCUACACAAUGGGCUAUCUGUGUUCUGCCCACCACGGGUAUCAAAACCCGGAUUCUAGUGUUGUAAAUCCGCAGACAUACUGCUGUGCCACUGGGGGCACAUUGUGAGGUAACAGUAGAAUUUUAAAUAUAGCAUUUUAUUACAGCUUGUGGAAGUACUUGGAUUCAUCAGAUGAUACUUAAUUUUUAAUUAUUGUGUACAUUAAAU